AUGUCCAAUCAUGUAGAUCAUCUGGCCCCAAAGCCCAAGUUAUGGGGUUCUUGCCGUUUGUCCAUAGCCUUUUGUGUUUUUUUGGCCGCUGUUCAGAUGGCCAUACUCAGGGAUAAUCUCGGAAUAGCAUUGCUGUGCAUGUCGAAACCUGUUGGGAACUUGACGUGCGAACCGAACCACGCCAACGUGCCCACUCUGCCGUGGGUGGAUCAGAAACAGAAUUGCGAGUUCGAAUGGGACUCUGCGACCCGUGGACGAAUUUUGGGCUCGUUCCUGUACGGCUAUAUUUCGACGACAUUGGUGGGCGGCAUCAUUUCAAACAAUUACGGUGCUAAACUCCCGUUCAUGGUCGCAGUAUAUGGAAACGUCAUAUUUCAUUUCUUAAGCCCAAUAGCUGCGGAGGUGCACACGGAAUUAUUUUUCGCGUGCCGUUUUAUCCAAGGGAUGUUCGCGGGGUUGUUGGCCGGUCCGUUUUUCCAGUUGUUCAGCGCCUGGAUGUCCGAGGACGAGGCGUCGCUUAUGCUCAGUUUCGGAUUCAGCGGUUACGCGUUUGGAACUAUUAUAAGUUACCCGAUGAGCGGUUCAUUGUGCGAUUCCAAUAUUAACGGUUUCGGGGGAUGGCCUCUAAUAUUUUACGUACCAGCGACCAUAUCCAUUUUGUUCUUAUUCUAUUGGCACCGAUAUUUGUACGACGUACCCGACAAUCACCCUAACAUAUCUCCGGAAGAAUAUGAAUACCUAUUACAAAACAUUGGUAUAUCCGAUGAGCCACCAGUAAUACCGUGGUUUUCCAUAUUCACAUCAUUGCCAUUUAUCGCGUACAUACUGUGUUACUCGGCAUUUUUGUGGAACAUAUUAACCAUGAUGAACAAUGUGCCGAUGUUUUUGCAAACCAUGUUGGGUAUCCAAACCAGCGAGAGUGGAUAUUUGUACUGCAUACCAUUUAUCUUGACGUUUUUAACGAGAAAUUUUAACGCUACAACAUAUAUAAUAGUCAAAAACUUUUCCGGACUGUCACAUACCGUGUGCCGAAAACUAUACUGUUGUUUUGGGUGUCUAAUGGUUAUUAUAUCACUAAUGAGCAUAAUUUUUGAAGAAAACAUCACCAAAUUGCAUGCUAUCGUCGCAAUAUCAAUAAACUUGGCUGUAGGUGACUUCGCUUACAGUGGAGGCUUCUUUCCAACACUCCUCGAUUUAGCUCCAAAUUAUGCUGGUUUGUUGUCCGGUGUGUCAACGUUUAUCGCAUUCUUGGUUGCUUGUCCAUCAACUUUAGUCAACAGCAUCAUUAUUAAACAAAACACAAAGGAAGAAUGGAAUAUUGUUUUUUGGAUAAUUAUAGCCAUGUUUGCGUUCGUAAUGUGCUUUUAUUUAAUAUUUGGAUCAGCGACAUUGCAACUAUGGUCGAUUAGCAAACUAGAAGUUCCUGAAAGAGGAACAUUCCGGUCGACAGUAUAUAACGCAUCUAGAAAUGUGUCGAAUAUACGUCCUUCGUAUAUAUUUUAA